AUGGCGGACAGAGAUGAUGAUAUGAGUGACUUACAAGACAAAGAAGCGGAAGAGACGGAGCAGAAGAUCAUCAACGAAGAAUACAAGACAUGGAAGAAGAACGCACCAUUUCUUUACGACCUGAUACUGAGUACUGCUCUGGAUUGGCCAACGCUCACUACACAAUGGCUGCCAGAUAAACAAUCGCUACCUGACAAGAACUACUCAACACACCGUCUGUUAAUUGGCACACACACCUCAAAUGGCGCCCCAAAUCUCCUCCAAAUUGCCAAUGUCCAACUUCCGAACAGAGUUACGCCUGACGUCAAAGACUACGAUGAAGAAACGGGGGAGAUUGGAGGUUAUGGAGGGGGACCAUCGCGCAGAGAAACCAUCGAGGUCAAAUUCAACAUCAUCCAAAAGAUUGACCACCCAGGAGAGGUCAACAAGGCUCGGUACCAACCACAGAACCCAAACAUCAUCGCGACAAUGUGUACAGAUGGCCGAGUGAUGAUCUGGGACAAGUCAAAACACACCUCCAUCCCGACCGGCCAAAUCAUGCCUCAGAUCGAACUCCACGGCCACGAAAGAGAAGGCUACGGUCUAAGCUGGUCUCCCCAUCGGAACGGCCACCUAGCCACCGCCGCCGAAGACAAAACCGUCCGCCUCUGGGACAUAACCCAGUUCUCGCCAACCAACCGCCUCCUCAAACCCGCCCGAACCUACACCCACCACAGCUCUGUCGUUAACGACGUCCAAUACCACCCCUUGCAUCCCUCCCUUAUCGGGAGUGUCUCCGACGACAUCACCUUACAGAUCCUCGACACCCGACAAGAAGACCACACCCGCUCCGCCGUCUCCACCCCCGCAGACCAACACAGCGACGCUAUCAACGCAAUCGCCUUCAGCCCUGCGGCCGAAAGCGUCGUUGCGACCGGCUCCGCCGACCACACCAUUGGCAUCUGGGACCUGCGAAACCUGAAGUACAAACUCCAUUCUCUGGCUGGGCACAACGAAUCCGUGACUACACUCGAAUGGCACCCUUUCGAAACAUCCAUCCUCGGCUCGAGCUCAUAUGACCGACGAGUCAUCUUCUGGGACCUGAGUCGUGUGGGAGAGGAACAAGCACCAGAAGAUAGCGAGGACGGGCCUCCAGAGUUAUUGUUCAUGCAUGGUGGGCAUACGAACCGCAUCAGUGAUUUCAGUUGGAACAAGAAUGAUCCGUGGGUGAUGUGUAGUGCGGCGGAGGAUAAUCUGAUCCAGGUGUGGAGGGUAGCGAAUGCGAUCGUGGCGAGUGAGGAUGACGAGGAUGUGGCUAUUGAUGAGCUGGAGACUUAA